CCUUCCAUCCAAUUGCUCAAGCAAUGGAGAGCGCGCUAAGCGGAGACCUGGCGGGUCUGAACUAUGCGCUGGGGGCCUUUCAGCAGCGUGCUCUUUGGCAAGAUGCGCUACACCUGCUUCACGCCAUGCACAGCAGGAUUGUGGAGCGGGAUGCCAAGAGCUUCGGUGUCGUUCUCAGCAGCUGCGAGCGCGCCGAGAAGUGGCAGACUGCGCUCCUGGUGCUGGACGAGCUCCAGACGCAUCGCGUGGAGAGCAAUCUGAUCAUUCGCAACACCGCCCUCAGCGCCUGGGCCAAAGGACAUCAGUGGCAACAGGCCUUGGCAUUCCUCAGGGACAUGCCGAUGUGUCCAGACGUGUUCUCCUACAACGCGGCGAUCUCGGCCUGCGAGAAGGGCUCCCAGUGGCUUCAGGCCAUGGCGUUGCUCGAGGAGCUCGAGACACGCCAAUUGCGAGGCACGGUGGUCACCUAUGGCGCGGCCAUAAGCGCCUGCGAGAAGGUUGAGGAUUGGGAACGAGCACUGCUGCUGCUGUGCACUUUGAGCCAGCGAAGGCUGCAGUCGAGCAUCAUUGCCCACAGCGCAGGAGUCAGCGCGUGUGAGAAGAAGGGGCAGUGGCUACACGCCCUGCAGCUACUCGUAGAAGCAGAGGAGCAAAAUCUGCUGCCCGACGUGGUCGCCUACUCUGCUGGCAUUAGCGCGCGCGAGAAGGGUGGCGUAUGGGAACAGGCCAUGGCACUUUUGCAGCAACUUCUUCAGCUGGGCAUUCAAGGCAAUGUUGUGCCAUACAAUGCGGCUAUUAGCGCGUGUGAAAAGUGCAGCGAAUGGCAGGAUGCCCUAGCGUUGUUGCUUCAGCUGGGAGCUGCCAGCCAUGAGCCUGACGUGGUGUCGUGUUCCUCCACAAUCAGCGCAUGUGCGCGCGCCGGGCGUUGGCGGAACGCCAUCCACAUCUUUGAACAGUUCCAGGAACAGGAAGUGCGUGCCAACACCAUCGCCUUCAACUCGAGUAUCACAUCUGUGGAGAAGGGCGCCCAAUGGCAGAGCGGGCUCUUCUGGCUGAUGAAAGCUCGACGCUGCGCAAAGACAUGUACAGUUGUAACCUGCAGCGCUGUAGUCAGUGCCUGUGAGAAGGGCGCAGUGUGGCAGCGCGCCGGGCGCUUCUUGCUGCAGAUGAAAGCCUUUCAGGUGGAAGCCAACGCGCUUUCCUUCAACGCGGCCAUUGUGGCGUGUGCAGAAGGACAAAAGUCUUUCUCCGGGACUGGCUAGCUUCACAAUCUGCCUACAGAUCGCUGGCCUGCGAUACUGCAGGCUGAGAAGCCUGGCUUGAAUUGACGAUUCCUGCAAGCGUGGCACAGAGGACCCUAUGUUUCUAUUUGGUUGCCAUGCUUGAACCUUCUCAGGCCGACUGACGGCUUACCGGGCUUUCCGUCCUGCCACGCAUGGGGCAAACCAAUCUGGACAUUGCAAGCAGGCCAACUCACUGCUGACAAGGUGAACAACCGAACCAGAACCUCGUGGCAAAAUCGUCCACAGUUGCCAGUUGAUCUGCGGGCGCGCGAAUGUUUUUCGAGCACCACGGGCGCCGCAACUUACAGGACCCGAGGGAUGAAUUCUGGCCCUGACUUGGAUGUAGGCGUCCAAACAAUUGCGCUAUGCUUCCUGACAGGGCAGCUUGGGCUGGCUGGCUGAGCUGCCAGCCAAGCCAUGCACGGGC